AUGGGUAAGUAUAUCUUGGCCGUCAAUGCCGGCUCCUCGUCCGUCAAAGUCACCUUCUAUACCUUCGAAAAUCCUCCGCAAGCUAUCGCCGAUGCGCAAGUCUCGGGCAUCACGGCCCCGCCACCCACGCUCAAAUACCAGCGUGGCCCCGUGAAAAUAAAGGAGGAGCUGAAGGAGAAGCUGAACACACCACAGGAUGCGUUCAAGUAUAUCCUCCAGCGCUGCUUCAACGACCCCGAGCUAUCCGAGGUUGCCAGCGACCGCGAUCUAGCUUACGUCUGUCACCGAGUGGUGCAUGGUGGGGACUACCAGGACGCUGUCGAGAUCAAUGAUGAGACACUCCAUCAUCUGGAGGAUUUGGAGGAUUUGGCACCCCUACACAAUUUCUCCGCCCUGGAAAUCGUGCGCUUGUGCAAGAAAGAACUCCCAAGCGUCACGAGCAUCACCUACUUCGACUCGGCUUUCCACCAGACUCUUCCUGACUACGUGAGGACAUACCCCAUUAACCAGCAGACAGCUAAGGCACACGGAUUGCGGAAAUAUGGCUUCCACGGCAUCAGUUACUCGUUCAUUCUGCGCUCAGUCACUCAAUUCCUGGGUAAACCUCAAGAGCAGACCAACCUGAUUGCAAUGCAUAUCGGAAGUGGAGCUUCUAUGUGUGCUAUCAAGGAGGGCAAAUCGAUCGAUACUUCGAUGGGCCUGACUCCACUGGCAGGAUUACCUGGCGCAACCCGCAGCGGCGACAUUGAUCCGUCGUUGGUGUUCCACUAUACGAGUGAGGCCGGAAAAUUGAGCCCUGGGAGCACCAAGGAAAUGCAUAUCAGCACGGCGGAAGAGAUCUUGAACAAACAAUCCGGCUGGAAGGCUUUGACCGGCACGACCGAUUUUUCUCAGAUCGCAGUUGAGAAUUUCCCAUCCGAGUCUCACAAGCUCGCGUUUGAUAUCCUAGUGGAUCGAAUGCUAGGGUACAUCGGGAAUUAUUUCGUGAAGCUAGGCGGACACGUAGAUGCUAUCGUGUUUGCUGGUGGCAUCGGCGAGAAGAGCGCACUACUUCGACGGACACUCGCUGAGAAAUGCAAGUGUCUGGGUGUGGCCAUCAACGCAGAGGCUAAUGUCAAGGGGCCUGAAGACAAAGAAACUGUCAAGGACAUCACCCAGGGCUCCAGCAAGGGACCCCGAGUACUGAUCUGCCAGACCAAUGAGCAGUUCGAAAUGGCAUACCACACAGUUGAAUCGCGACUUUGA